CUAAAUGGAAUCAUCAUAUGAGGAUAUUCGACGCAAAACAAUGGAAGAGAAUAAAAAAAGGAUGGAGGCUCUCAAUCUAACUCAUCUCUCUCAAUCCCUUCACAAAUCUUCUUCCACCAUUUCAAAAACCUCACCGCGUUUCACGAAGGGUCGGCCGAGGGUUAUACUACCAGGAGAUCUUCAAGUAACCAAAAUGAAGCACUUGCGGAGACAUGGUUUACAACCAACGUUCCAAGUGAUAGAACCACUACCAUCUCCGAUGACAACACCGACAAAUCCACCAUCUUCUCAAGCACCGCCUUCUCAAGCACCACCUUCUCAAGCACCACCUUCUCAAGCACCACCUUCUCAAGCACCACCUUCUCAAGCACCACCUUCUCAAGCACCACCUUCUCAAGCACCACCUUCUCAAGCACCACCUUCUCAAGCACCACCUUCUCAAGCACCACCUUCUCAAGCACCACCUUCUCAAGCACCACCUUCUCAAGCACCACCUUCUCAAGCACCACCUUCUCAAGCGACAACAUCGCUAGCUGUGCAAACGAUAGAACCACAUCUUUCUCCGGUGACAACAACACCAACUACUGUGCAAGCGACAGAAGCAACACCUUCUCAAGUGACAACACCAAGAUCAGUGCAAGAGACAGAAACAACACAUUUCCAAGAGACAUCCUCUCACUCUGAAGAUGUGGUAGAAGAUGAGCCAGAAAUUUCUCAAAAAAGGAAUUUUACAUUUUGGGAUGUAGAAGUCAUUAAUGAGGCGGGACAUAUUUCAAAGACACACUUAAGGGUAUCAGACGUGCUUGAAGCUCCUCCUAAUGUUAGCAGAAUAAUAACUAGAUGGAAUUCAAAUGGGCAACCGGUAGGAUCAGCUGCUGGUUUGUUAGGCGGUUUUUUGGGUGAAAUUGCAAGGAAGUUUAAGGAUUUUCCUAUAAUGUACGACAAUUGGAAACUAGUUCCAUCGACAAGAAAAAAUGAAAUUUUUAAGGAUAAAAUACAGUCAAAAUUUGUUGUCGAUGAUGAAGACAACAAAAAAUAUAUCUAUACAGUGGAGAAGGCUGAUAAAAAUGCUGCAAAUAGAGAAAAGCUAAAGAUCCUUCAUACAUUAGGCUCUAAGACGCUUGCAAGGAAGAGGGAUGAGUUGGUAGGAUUUUUUCAAUCUACUAUUGAUUGCAUACUUAAUUGA